AUGUCAUACACUAAACUGGUGUCUCUGUGCUCCCUGGCUCCAGGACUUGUAGGGGCCAUGGGGAUGAUUGGGGGCCCAGUGCAUGCAGCUUCUCCUGGGCCAAAGAAGUCUUCAGCACCGGGGAUGAGUCUGGAAGAGUUGCCUUCUCUGUACACUCGUCCGGACCCGCUCCAAAGCCCUGAGCCUCAGUCCAAUGCACUGGAAGAACAAGUGUCUGUUGUCAGACUGUGGCUCCAGCCACACACCGACCAGUACCAGGAAUCAAGUCGAGCAGCGAAGGAGCAAGUGGAGAGAGCGUACAGACGAGUGGAGCCCACCCUCACCUCCUGCACCUCUGCUGCUGCAGAAUUGUACCAAUUUUUGAAGGACCCGCCGCCGCAGCUACUCCCCAGUGCAGCCGCCAUCGGCUUCAGCGGCGUCUUAGGAGUCUACCUCUCUAACGGAUCCAGGCUGAAGAGGGCCCUGUUUCCUCUGGGCCUCGUGGCGCUGAGCUCCUCCCUGUUCUACCCACAGCAAGCGGCCGCUCUGCUGCAGUGGAGUCGGGAGCAGGCAAUGACGUGUUAUGGGAAGAUUUCCCGUUUGCCAAAGAAAAAGUCUGGAGAUAAAGAAUCCAAAGGAGAGAGCUGA